UAGCACAAAGGUGUGCCUUCAGUUUAGCUGUGUAUGAAAAUGAUCUCUUGAAGCCGUUAAACUAAAAACUGGAUCCAGUGCUUUCAUAUGCGCUCGACUUACAGACAAGUCCUUCUCUCAAAUGGAACAUCUCGAAGAUGAAACUGGCACUAAGGGGUACGCCAACAUCACCAAGCCCUCCCUCUACCUCACUGAGACCCACUGAAUUAUUGGACUGAGUGGUUUGGUAACGGGCUUUAUAUCCACUUAAAGGUGGAUCCAAAUCUUUGGGCCGCAAGCUCACCAAGAAUGGAGAUCAUCUAGUGGAUUUUUCAGGAUUCAGAAGUAUCAAGACACAUUAGGAAAAAAAAAAAGACACCAACAUGUCUUUGGAAGCUUUGAAGGGGCAGAUGCUAAACCCUGGAACAGAAGAAGUGAAGAGUACGGUGGGCAACUCUUUAGGGAAACUGCAAAGGAAAAUUGAUGGCAGCAAUGUAGAAGAGGAGAGCCACAUUGAGUUGACAGAGGAUGGGCGUCCGGUGGCAUCUAUGACUCGUCCUGCUCCGCUGCUGGAUUGCAGCUGUGGCGGUCUGCCCAAGCGUUACAUCAUUGCCAUCCUCAGCGGUCUGGGCUUCUGCAUCUCCUUCGGCAUCCGUUGCAACCUCGGUGUUGCAAUCGUGGAGAUGGUUAACAACAACACUGUAUAUGUGAAUGGAACUGAAGUCCUCCAGAAAGCUGAGUUCAACUGGGAUCCAGAGACAGUUGGACUUAUCCAUGGCUCUUUCUUCUGGGGCUACAUUGUCACUCAAAUUCCUGGUGGUUUCAUCUCAAACAAGCUGUCUGCUAACAGGGUGUUUGGAGCAGCCAUUUUCUUGACGUCAGUGCUGAAUAUGUUUAUCCCGUCCGCAGCGAGGGUGCACUAUGGCUGUGUCAUGUUUGUCCGCAUCCUUCAGGGCUUAGUUGAGGGUGUUACGUACCCAGCGUGCCAUGGGAUGUGGUCAAAAUGGGCCCCGCCUCUCGAGCGCAGUCGACUAGCAACAACAUCCUUCUGCGGAUCCUACGCGGGAGCCGUGAUCGCCAUGCCUUUGGCUGGUGUGAUGGUUCAAUUCAUUGGGUGGCCGUCAGUAUUUUACAUAUAUGGUGUUUUCGGAAUCCUGUGGUACGUCUUUUGGCUUCUGUUGGCCUAUGGAAGUCCUGCGGUGCAUCCGACCAUCACGGACGAGGAAAGAACGUACAUUGAGUCCACCAUUGGUGAAACAAUCCACUACCAGAGUGUGAAUAAGAAAUUCAAGACACCGUGGCGUCGUUUCUUCACUUCCAUGCCAGUCUACGCCAUCAUUGUGGCUAACUUCUGCCGCAGCUGGACCUUCUACCUGCUUCUCAUCAGCCAGCCGGCAUAUUUUGAAGAAGUCUUUGGAUUCCCAAUCAGCAAGGUGGGGAUCCUGUCUGCUGUGCCCCACAUGGUGAUGACAAUCGUUGUUCCGAUCGGAGGACAGCUAGCGGACUUCCUGCGUAGUAACAAAAUCAUGACGACUACAAAUGUGAGGAAACUUAUGAACUGCGGAGGCUUUGGUAUGGAGGCUACUCUGCUGUUGGUGGUUGGCUUUUCACACACUCGUGCGGUGGCCAUCACCUUCUUGGUGCUUGCUGUUGGCUUCAGUGGAUUUGCCAUCUCAGGCUUUAAUGUCAAUCAUCUGGACAUCGCUCCUCGCUAUGCCAGCAUCCUGAUGGGUAUUUCCAACGGGGUGGGCACUCUGUCUGGGAUGGUGUGCCCUCUGAUUGUUGGAGCCUUGACCAUUCACAAGACCCGUCUUGAAUGGCAGAAUGUCUUUUUUAUCGCAUCCAUGGUGCACUACACAGGGGUCAUCUUCUACGCUAUCUUUGCUUCGGGAGAACAACAGGAAUGGGCCAACCCCGAGAGUACGAGCGAGGACAAAUGUGGCUUUGUCAAAGAGGACGAGCUAGCUGAAGAAUCUGAGCUCAAAAACGAGAACAUGAAAAUGAGUUACGGAACCACGGAUAAUGCGUCAGAUCGUAAACACGGCUGGACGAAGAAGAGAGGGGUGACCAUGCAAGAAGAGGAUGAACAUUGUGCUAAUGAAGACUACCUGAAUGGAUACCAGUGAGCAGCUCUGUGGAGGUUAAGACCUUCACACUUUACACCUGUGGAAUUCAAGCAUAAUGUCCUUCAAAAACGUUCAUCAAUUUAUAUGAAAGCACCUGUUUAAGAGUGAAGACUUGUGUUUGAAAGCAAUU